AUGGUCCGGAGAGCCCUGCUCCUUCUCUGCCUCAUCGCCGUUUGCUUCGCCGCCGACAAUUUGACCCCUGACGAACCCCUCCUCGACGCCUCCGACGCCACCUUGAUCUCCUCCGGCGACAAGUUUGAGUUGGGCUUCUUCAGCCCCGAUCCCACCUCCCCCAACCGCUACGUCGGCAUAUGGUUCUACAACAUGACUCCCCAAACCGUGGUUUGGGUCGCCAACCGCCGGACCCCGGUCGUCGGCCGCUCCGGGAACCUCUCCGUGACCUCCGCCGGUAUGCUAAUCCUCUCGGAUGGCAACUCCACUAUCUGGUCCUCCUCCGGCUCGCCUGCCCUUGCUAACCCGGUCGCGCGGCUGCUCGAUACUGGAAACUUCGUCGUCGGCGAGACCGGCGGCAGUGGCUCGUCGACGUGGCAGAGCUUCGACUUGCCGACCGACACGCUUCUCCCGGGGAUGCAAAUCGGGAUCAACUUGACCAGCGGUCGCCGCGCCAACCUCACCGCGUGGCGAACGGCCGUCGAUCCUUCGCCCGGCGACUUCGUCAUGGGCGUCGACUGGCGCGGCGUCCCGCAGAUGGUCGUGUGGCGCGGCGCACAGCCGUACUGGCGCGCGGGGCCGUCCAACGGCCUCUACCUCAGCGGCGCGCCGCAGAUGUACACCGAGAACCUGGUAGACUACCAGUACACCAUCGACGGCCGCGACUUCCUACUCGGGCUUGAACCAGAUCCAGACGUGGGUGGACGGGAGCCAGGCGUGGAACGUGCGCGGCUAUGUGCCGCUGGAUCCCUGCGACUACUACGGCACCUGCGGCCCCUACGGCGUCUGCUACCCCAACACCUCGCCCCUGUGCCAGUGCCUGCCGGGAUUCCACCCGGAGAACGAACAUAA